CAGAUCAGAUCAGCCGUAGUCAUUUCCUAUUUUUAUCGGAAAUUCCCAUAUAAUGCGCUCUUACUAGUUCCUCUGGUUCUAGGGUUUAGGGUUUCAGAAGAUUCAAUUUGCUCCGAACGAAGAAGAAGAAGAGUAAAGAUGGCAGAUUCUAAGCCCUCAAUUUCCGCGCCCAACGCUUCGCAUACGGCGGAUGUAAAUGGCGGGAAUGUGGACCCCGCCGAAGCUCGGUUCUCCGAUUUCUGCAAGAAUGGACUGGCUUUAGAUGCGAAGACCCGCGCGGAAGCUCUGAAGUUGUUUGGAGAAACCAAGCAUCUCUUGCAAACAAACGUGUCUGGAAUUGGAAGCGGAACGCCUGAGGAAGCAGAGCGCUUCUGGUUUGUGUUUAUUUUGUACUCGGUGAAGAGGUUGAGCUCGAAGGACCGAGAUAAUGCCGAGGAGAGAUCCGACGAUUGCGGGGUUACGUUGUGCCAGAUUUUGAGGGCUGCGAAGCUGAGCAUUGUGGAGUUUCUCAAAGAGCUUCCUCACUUUAUGGUUAAAGCUGGUUCAAUCUUGAGCUGUCGUUAUGGCACAGAUUGGGAAAACAGACUCGAGGCUAAGGAGUUGCAGGCAAACUUUGUGCUCUUGGGCUUUCUAAGCAAGUUCUACAAACGAGCAUACUUGGAAUUCUUCUUGGCAAGUGAUGCAAAUAUGGAUAAGCAGUCAACUACUGGGAGUCCUACUGAUUAUCUGUCAGAGUACCAUCGUUUUGGAUGGUUGCUGUUCUUGGCUUUUCGCACACAUGUAUUCAGCCGAUUCAAAGACCUAGUGACUUGCACCAAUUGUUUGGUUUCAAUACUGGCCAUUUUGAUCAUUCAUGUCCCUGUUCGUUUAAGAAACUUUAGCAUCCUCGACUCUCCAAAACUAGUCAAAAAAGAGAACAAGGGUGUGGAUUUGCUUGCAUCACUUUGCAACAAUUAUGACACCUCAGAAGAUGAAAUAAAAAUCAGAAUGGAAGAGGCCAAUUCUUUGAUAGCUGAAAUUUUGAAGAAGAAGCCCCGUUUGGCAUCCGAAUGCAAAAGUGAAAACCUUGAGAAUAUCAAUCCAGAUGGAUUGACCUAUUUUGAAGAUCUGAUGGACGCAUCUUUUUCAUCCAAUUUAGAUAUUUUAGAAAAAGAUUAUGACGAUGCGAUUCAGGUUAAGAGUGAACUGGAUGAGAGGUUGUUUAUUAACGAGGAGGACAGCUUAAUUGGUACAGGGACUUUAUCUGGAGGUUCUAUGAGUACGACUGGUGUCAAGAGGAAAUUUGAUUCAAUAUCUUCUCCAACAAAGACAGUUACAAGUCCUCUCUCUCCCCAGCGUUCUCCUGUAUCUCAUGGUAAUCGCAGUCUUGGCGUUGCUAGUUCAAAGAUAACAGCUACACCUGUGAGCACUGCAAUGACAACAGCAAAGUGGCUUCGGACUGUCAUUUCUUCACUUCCUGCAAAACCCUCACCAGAUCUGGAACGUUUCCUAGUAUCAUGUGAUAAGGAUGUUACUAAUGAUGUGAUACGCAGGGCACAAAUAAUACUAGAAGCGAUAUUUCCUAGCAGCACAUUAGGUGAUCACUGUGGGACUGGAAGUCUACAAAGUGCCAAUCUCAUGGACAGAAUCUGGGCAGAACAAAGGAGAUUGGAAGCACUUAAACUAUAUUACAGGGUUUUGGAGGCAAUGUGUAGAGCAGAGGCUCAAAUUUUGCAUGCAACAAAUUUAUCCUCUUUAUUAACCAAUGAGAGGUUUCAUAGAUGUAUGCUUGCCUGCUCUGCUGAAUUAGUUCUUGCAACACAUAAGACUGUCACAAUGCUAUUCCCCGCAGUGUUAGAGAGGACUGGUAUUACGGCUUUUGACCUUAGCAAGGUGAUAGAGAGUUUCAUUCGACACGAGGAAUCUCUUCCAAGAGAAUUGAGGCGUCAUCUGAAUUCAUUGGAAGAACGACUUUUGGAAAGCAUGGUGUGGGAGAAGGGUUCCUCAAUGUAUAAUUCUUUGAUAGUUGCAAGACCUUCUCUCUCUGCAGAAAUAAAUCGUCUCGGGUUAUUAGCAGAACCAAUGCCAUCUUUGGAUGAAAUUGCUGUGCAUAUUAAUUUCUCUUCUGGAGCAGCCCCUCCUAUACCUUCUUUACAGAAGCACGAGACUUCACCAGGUAGACGUCCAAGUAACAAUGGGGAUAUGAGAUCUCCAAAGAGAUUGUGCACAGACUAUCGGAGUGUAUUAGUAGAGCGGAAUUCCUUCACAUCACCAGUGAAGGAUCGUUUUCUUGCCUUAAAUAACCUAAAAUCAAAGCUUCCUCCUCCUUUGCAGUCUGCUUUUGCAAGUCCAACACGGCCAAAUCCAGGUGGUGGUGGGGAAACAUGUGCAGAGACCGGAGUAAAUGUAUUCUUCAGCAAGAUUAUUAAGUUGGCCGCUGUCAGAAUCAAUGGCAUGGUUGAAAGGCUUCAACUAUCUCAGCAGAUCAGGGAGAAUGUCUACUGUCUUUUUCAACAAAUACUCAGUCAGCGGACAUUCCUCUUCUUUAACCGCCAUAUUGACCAGAUCAUCCUUUGUUCUUUCUAUGGAGUUGCAAAGAUUUCUCAGCUGAGCCUCACCUUUAAGGAAAUAAUUUACAACUAUAGGAAACAACCACAAUGUAAGCCACAAGUUUUCCGGAGUGUUUUUGUUGAUUGUUCAUCUGCACGCCGCACUGGGAGGUCAGCUCAAGAUCACGUGGAUAUCAUUACAUUUUACAAUGACAUUUUCAUUCCUGCUGUAAACCCUAUUCUAGUCGAGCUUGGACCUGCCGCAACAAAUAUGAAAAGUAACCGGGUUCCUGAGGUUAACAAUAACAAUGACGCUCAAUGUCCCGGAUCACCUAAAGUAUCUCCUUUUCCAAGUCUCCCUGAUAUGUCCCCAAAGAAGGUUUCUGCAGCACACAAUGUAUAUGUUUCUCCAUUGCGGUCUUCCAAGAUGGAUGCUCUGAUAUCAAAUAGCUCUAAAAGUUAUUAUGCUUGUGUUGGAGAGAGCACUCAUGCGUACCAGAGCCCUUCAAAAGAUCUGACUGCUAUCAAUAACCGCUUAAAUGGGCACGGUGCUCGAAAGCUCAGAGGCAGUCUUAAUUUUGACGAUGUUGAUGUUGGCUUGGUCAGUGAUUCUAUGGUGGCCAACAGCUUGUACCUUCAAAAUGGGAGUGCUGCAUCCACAUCCGGUACUCCAUUGAAAACCGAGCAACCUGAUUCCUAAUUUAAUGUCUGGCAUACUUGGCCGUGUAUGUAAAUUCUAAUCCUCAGUGCUUUUUAUAAUGUGUACUAGUUAUAAGCCAUGGUAUGGGGUAUUGUAUGAGCGGUGAGUUAUUGUAGAAAGGCCGCCACACACCCCCGUUCCCGUGUGCUGAUGUAUGUAUUAUAGGCGUCAAACUUGGAAACUAUAGCUGCUCUGAUCUAAUGAUUCAAUAAAAUUUGUUGUUGAGUUGAAUCAA